GGAAACAGCAGCAUCAUGCCCGAACCAGCGAAGGCCGCGCCCAAGAAGGGCUCCAAGAAAACCGUCCCCAAGACCGCCGGCAAAGGAGGCAAGAAGCGCAGAAAGGCCAGGAAGGAGAGCUACGCUAUCUACGUGUACAAGGUCCUGAAACAGGUCCACCCUGAUACCGGGAUCUCCUCCAAGGCUAUGGGCAUCAUGAACUCCUUCGUCAACGACAUUUUCGAGCGUAUCGCUGGUGAGUCCUCUCGUCUGGCUCACUACAACAAGCGCUCCACCAUUACCUCCAGGGAGAUCCAGACCGCCGUGCGCCUGCUGCUUCCCGGUGAGCUGGCCAAGCACGCCGUGUCCGAGGGUACCAAGGCCGUCACCAAGUACACCAGCUCCAAGUAAAGCGCCUUAGUCGCUCUGGCAAACCAACGGCUCUUUUAAGAGCCACCCAUCUUAUCAAGUUAAGAGAAUUUUUCUCUUUUUUUAAGUAUUAUAUUCAAAUAUAUUAUUCCCACUGCAUUUCGGUAGCUUUCCAUGUUUGUAAUACCUUAUUUAUUUAUUAAUAUAUUACUGUUUUUGGGCCCUGACUGCCACUAUGUGGUGAGUUUAGAAUAACACGCAGAAUCAAAUGUCACUGUACUAAGAUAUUAUGAAGCACUCAGCCGUAGAGAGAGACUCCUUGAUCUCUCCGCCACGUGGUUCAUGUGCCUCAUGUGUGACAAGUUGUCAUUGGACUAUAUGUCCAUGUUUAGUGAUGAUGCUGAUGAUGAUGAUAAUGUCAUAAUAACAGAAGAAGAAGAAGAGCAAAAAUAAAAAAAAAAUCACAGGAUUGCUGGCCUAAAACAAGAACAAAUACAACAGAGAAAAAAACCCCACUACUGCUAAUAUAAAGUACUACUAUAUGUAUGUAAUAUAUAUAUAUAUAUAUAUAUUAAUUAUAAAUAACCA